AUGGGGUAUCAGACAAUGAGUACGAAACGUCAGGCUCCAAAAGAGAAGUUAAAGGCUGUUGUCAACACUCCCGCUCAGGUGUUAAACGUCGAUGUGGAUUUGAGGCGAUUGCAUGAGGCAUGUGGUUCUCUUGGAGAAUACAUUGUACCAUUUAUGAGGCGUCUUAAGAUGGAACUGCAACGUUUAAAGGAUGGCGAACAAGCCGAUGUACCUACAAUUCCCCUUUUUGUGCAUGGUGAAAUUCCAUAUGCCGAGAUAAAACAGCUUUUUUUAGAUGUUCUUUCCACUUACCCAUUUUUGCGGGUGAUGCAGCUGCAUCACUGUGCCAUUGGUGAUGAGGGUAUUCUUAUCAUUGUUGAUUUUAUCCGAUCGUAUAGGCCAUCUCCGGAUCGAAAUCCGUUUGGUAUACAAUGCAUUGAACUUCUUGAAUGUCUUAUUGGACCCACUGGAGCUAAAUACUUUGCUAAACUACUGAGCGAAAAUGAAACGCUUACACGUUGCUUGCUUGACUUCAAUCCUUUAGGUGAUGCUGGUGCUGAAGCCAUUGGCAAAGCAAUGCUGUGGAAUGGAACAUUGGAGGAUCUAUCUUUGCAGUACUGCAGCAUUGGAGCCUCCGGUGCGAAUGCCCUUGCGGAAGGCGUGCUGCGGUGUUCCAACGUUCGUGUUUUUUCUCUCCGGGGCAAUCCAGUGGGGCCGGAGGGAAUAAAAGCCAUUGGGGCAGCCCUCAGUAUAGGGAAUCGCAUUAACUCGCUUGAUAUUGCUGGCACCGGCUUUGGUGGAUCGUUCCCGGCGCUGGAAUCGUUUUGCCAGGGUGCUGAAUGUAGCCCCUCCCUCACCUCUGUGGACAUGGACUAUAACUUACUGGCACCAGAGGCUGGCUCGUUGAUCGCCUCUCUUAUUUCAAAAAACAAACGACUGGUUCAGUUUCGCGUGAAUGAGCGUAUGGAGGUGAGUGAGUUUCUCACCAUACAAAAUGCACUUGAGCAGAACAUGAGGAAUGCCAAGAAGAAGAAGAAGAAGACGAAGGUUCCCAAAUCAUGA